AUGAUAGGAGCUGUAAAUUGCUUAAGAGCCCCCAGCCAGUGCGCCAAGCCAGGACAAAUAGCCUUGGUCUUCAGUGAUGGGCCUGUACAGACAAGCCCUGAACUUCUCCAGACUCUGACCGAUGAAGGAGUCCCUGCCACAUUCAUGUUCUCCACGGUUAAUAUUGACCACGGCGGAGUGGCUGAGGUAAUCAGACAGGCAGUAGAUGACGGCCACACCGUGGGUCUCAGAACCAACCCAAUCUACGACUUCAGCGAAAUGAGCGCCGAUGAGAUAAAGGAGGCCAUUGUGGGAGAGCUUAAUGUUCUUGACGAAGUAGCAGGGCAGAAGACAAAGUACAUUGCAAUCAACCAGCCAGAUGUCACAAACCAAACAGUUCUUGAAAUAAUUGAUGACUUAGACCUAGUUCUUAUCAACUACAACUACGACAUGUACGGAACAGACGAUGACUCUGACAACAUGAUCAACAGAUGGAAGCUGAAGCUGAAGUCUGUUAGACCACAGUCCUCUUCCUACAUUGUUCUCCAGCACGACCAGAGAGAGUCUGAGCUUUGUAUUGUGCCUGAUGUAGUCAGCAUGGGAAGCGCAGCAGGGUACUCCUUUGUAAACAUCGAUGACUGCCUUUCCGGCGUGGACAUGAACGGGCCUGGAGGCUCGUCUGGAUCAGGCGAUGACAGAUCUGAAAGAACUGGCGUGGAAAGAAAGAACAGCGCAGCUUCUCCUCUUGUUCUUUUGGGGUGCAUGGCAGGAGCCCUUGCCCUGUAA